AUGGAAAUCAUUUAUACUUUUAUCAUCAAACCAUCGACUUAUACUGGUACUUUAAUCAAUGCUCUACCUCUAUUCAUCCAAUAUGUUGUAUUCCUGAUUAAUAAAAUCUUCAAUCUAUUUCUUGCGGAUUAUGAGAACUUUGAAAAGGCUCUACCUGCAGUUAUUCGAUAUUUUUUGUCUUGGAAGGAUAAACUGGUGGCAGAAAUUUUGACAAACAAAGAUGAUGACAUUCAAAAGUUGAGGCUUUUGGCAAAUUACCAGAUCAUCCUCAAUCGCUUGAUGUCGAUCCAAAAAAAAGACCUGCUGCAUAUUGGAGAUCUUGAAAAUGUUUUCUUCGGCGAAUAUGAGUCGAUUUUCGCCUUUCUCAGACUUAAUACCUUAGCACUUGAGGGAAAUUUUUCUAACCUGACCAAUAGCCAUGCCCUCUAUUUGUCGGUGAUAUCGAAUUUUGAGCUCAUCAACACAUUCUUUUUCAAGGACGAAAUUCACUAUGUUCUUAAAAUGUAUUAUGACUAUUGGAAAUUUGCUUCCUCUAAAUCAAGAUGCGCAACCCAGACGGAAAAAGGAAUCCAAAAUUUGGUUAAUGCCAAUCUUUUGAUCGACGGAGAACGGAUCCAGCUUUCGGGACUUCCGUUCUCCAGCCACCGUUUAUGGAAGAUCAUGAAUGUCAAACAGAAACGCGAUUAUAAUGUAGAAUUUGCGCUACACAAGCGCCUAUCUGAUAGUUCAAUAUUUUCCAUCCUCAAAUAUAACAGCAUGCAUUUAUUUCUAAAUCAAAAAGAUGCCUUUUUGCUAAAGGAUAAUGAGAUAGAAGCCAAGCUUGUUUCCGAUGAUUUCAAACUUUGCCAUAGAAAUCUGGGUUUCAGAGUUGCAUUGAAUGGCACAAUGGUAGGAUCAGACGAUAAUGUCAUUGCGUUUCAAACUGAUUCUUAUAAUCCAGGUACCAAAGUGUACCUUUUUGAUUCAGAUGGAUUCGAGUAUGGAGAGAUUUAUGGCGGAAAUACUCUGAUUUUGAAAAACUCGUCCAAAUUUGUGGGAAAGCUAUCGAGCCCACUUCCAUGUUCUUUUUACAUAAAUUCGUUCUGCUCUUUCUCUUCGAAAUCGCAAUCGCUGCUUGAUGCCCUUUUAACGCGUGGGGUGCUUUUUAACUUUGCAUUGGACUCGUACAUUUUCACGCUAGAAAGUCAGGCUCAAUCCUUUUAUUUAUUCAACAGCUACGAUGGCCCAGCAAAGGACUUUUACGCCAUGAAAGAGGGGCGUCACGAGUAUUUCGUUGUUAUCAAGGGUGAGAAAUUCAAGAUCCACUCUCCUGCUGGGAUCGAGGAAAAUUUCUUCGCCUCCUCGAACUUGCCCUUUUUAUUUUUGUCCGUUGAAAAGUCUUCUCAAAUUAUCAUUCCAGUAAUUGUGUUGGAACCUAAAGAUUCAUACAAGUUUACUUUUCUCAAGGCCACGU